AGGUAUGCCCCUACCCAUAUUCGGCAAAUCACACAAGUCUCCAGCCGAUGUGGUGAGAAAUCUGAAGGAGGCUCUCGUCGUUGUGGAGAAGACACAGGGUGACAGGAAAAGUGACAAAGCAGUAGAAGAAGUUAACAAAUGGCUUCAAAUGGUAAAAAGCAUCAUUUACGGGUCAGAAACGCAGGAUCCUCAUAGUGAGCAGGUGGCUCAACUCGCUCAGGAGACUUAUAAUGCUAAUGUUCUUCCAAUGCUCAUCAAAAAUCUGCCUAAACUCGAUUUUGAAAGCAAGAAGGAUGUUGCCCAGAUAUUCAACAACCUCCUUCGUAGGCAAAUCGGAACCCGAUCGCCUACUGUAGAAUACUUAGGUGCACGUCCUGAAAUGCUGGUUCUCCUUGUCAAUGGCUACGAAAAUGGUGACAUCGCCGUUACAUGUGGUCACAUGCUUCGUGAAUGUAUCCGCCAUGAUCAGUUAGCCAAGAUUCUGCUGCAGCAUGAAUCUUUCUACAAGUUCUUCACCUACGUCGAGCUUUCUGCAUUCGACAUUGCCUCCGAUGCCUUUGCUACGUUCAAGGAUUUGAUUACCCGGCACAAGACUUUGUGUGCCGAGUUUCUCGACGCUAAUUACGAUAGGUUUUUCGCUGAAUACCAGAAACUGCUCAACUCGGAUAAUUACGUGACGAGGCGCCAGUCUCUUAAGCUGCUCGGCGAACUCUUAUUAGACCGCCACAAUUUCAAUGUGAUGACGCGAUAUAUAUCGAAUCCGGAAAACCUUAAACUAAUGAUGGAGCUGCUUCGGGAAAGGAGUCGCAGCAUUCAGUUUGAGGCUUUUCAUGUAUUCAAGGUUUUUGUUGCGAAUCCUAACAAGCCUCGACCUAUUGCCGACAUCUUAUUGAGGAAUCGUGAAAAACUGGUUGAUUUCCUUGCUCAGUUUCAUACUGAGCGCACAGAUGAUGAACAGUUUAACGAUGAGAAGGCGUACUUGAUAAAGCAGAUUCAAGAGAUGAAGGCCUGAGGUCGACAGCGUUCCAUCACAUAUUCCUUGUAAUAUUUUUGUUUUGUAUCCUUUGUAUCACAUUAUGAUUUGUGCGAGUUCUGUUCCCUGUUUUGAAGAGGUUAAAAGCUUCGUGAAAACCUCUAGUCUGUGAAAAAGAAAUAUGUAUGAAGCUAUUGUCCACAGAAUUCUUCCACUUCAUCUUCUGUGGCUAUUAUCUCCGAUUUCCGUUCGUUCCAUGAUGCACCUUUUGUAUGUGCUUGGUAUUCGAUAUGACUUCCAUGUGAUUUUAAUAGUAAAUUAUUUGAAAGUAUAGGGUAACCGUAAGAUACAUUAGUUAGAUGUAGAAUGUGCACCAACGAAUUUUUCAUAGCACAUCUCUUUGUGUUGCUCCAUACGGUUCUCAAUGAAUAUUCAUGUCGU